UCAUUUCGGCCCUCUCCCGCGACUCUCGCUUCGCAUCGCAAGUUCGCACCAAAACAAACGCUCGCAAGCCAAGGUAGCGUUUCACCGCUUCCCGUCCGUUUGGUUAGAGCGAAAAAAUAGAAAAUCGAAGAUGCGAAAGUUCGAUCCGUGGCCCGUCUUCUUCAAGCGUGAGUGGAACCGAAAUUGGCCUUUCCUGGUCGGUUUCGCCAUCACCGGUACUCUCAUCACCAAGUUUUCUCUCGGUCUCACUGAGGAGGACGCCAAGAAUUCUCAGUUCGUGCAGAGGCAUAAGAAGUGAAGGAGCAAAUGUUUUGCACCCAAUCUAGAUCAGCUUCAGUCGGCCAGAAGUGGAAGGGCUUUUAAUAAAUGUUUUUAUCUUGGUUCUUUUCAACCUUGUGGUUCAAGAUGAUGUAGACGUAUGGUUAUUGGUAGAAGACUAUGAUACAUUUGUUCUAAAUGAGAACUUUCAAUUUGUUCAAUGUAUGCUGCUGCUUUUGACAGAUUGAAAUGCAGUCUUUAGGGCUGACUUAAAAACCUAUAUCAUGUGACCACGAUUCACGAAUGCUGCUAAAUGUCAGAGAUGUUUGAUAAUAAGUUUGCUUUACUACAAUGAUGAUGAUUCUAUUUCA